CACAUGAUCUUAUUACCAAAGAUGCUUCUUUUUAGUUAGAUUCCUCAUUUUUAAAUUGUUUGUGUUUACCUUAAUUAGAAGCUAAGCUACUUUAUUAAUCUAGAAAUUUCUCUCUGUUUUUUUUUUGUUUUGUUUUGGGUACUCAAAGUACAUGUAGACAUUUCUCCAAGUGAUAUAUUGGAUCAUAUGCUAUUCUUCUGGGAAAUAUCCAUCAACCCCUCUGAACAGCAGAAUUAAGCUUGCAGUUGCAGAUUUGCAGAUCCCCUGCUUAUUCUAAUUUGCUUGUCCUAAUUUUGGUACCAGUGUCCAACGUUCUCCGAUUCCUUUUGCUAAACCUGCGGCAGGGCCUUUUUCAAUGGAGCUUCUAGUAGAGCCUAUCAUGGAAUUGGUAAAGUGUUUGGGGAGGUCAACCUGCACCAAUCUAGGUUAUCACUUAAAUUUUGAUGAAGCUGAAAGUGAAUUGAGAAGAGAAUUGCAAGUUCUAAUCUCUCGAAAAGAGGAUAUAAAUUUAAGCAUACAGUCUGAGGCUGGUAGGGGAAAUGAAGUAAAACAUGAAGUGCAAUGCUGGCUUAAACUUGUACAAGAAACCAGUAAUGAAGUGCAAGCCAUUCAAGAAAAGAUUCAGAGAGUUAAGUGGUACUCAAAGGGUCGUCUUGGAAAACGUGUUUGUAAGAAAAUUGCAGUGGUGAAGAGAAUCUAUGAACAAGGGCGAUUUCCUGAUGGUUUCACAUUAACAAUUGACAGACCUCGACGAGGAAUCAAACUGCCAACUGAGAAUGUAGUGGGUGAAGAUUCUGCAAAAGAAAAAAUUUGGGGAUACUUGAUGGGCAAUGAGGCCAGAAAGAUUGGAGUUUGUGGGGUUGGUGGGGUUGGGAAGACUACCAUUAUGAAGUAUAUUAAUAAUGAAUUGUUAAGUGUGACCAAUUUUGAUAUGGUGAUUUGGGUCACUGUGUCCUAUCCACUCAAUGUUAUCAACUUACAAAAAAAUAUUGCUCAUGCUGUGGAUGAUAAAGAGAGACUCCUAGAAGCGGAGGAGGAUGAAGUGAAGCGGGCAGCUACUUUGAUAAGCAUUAUGGAAGGAGUAGGAAGAUACGUGCUUAUCCUAGAUGAUGUCUGGGAAGUGUUUUCUCUGAUUGAAGUGGGAAUUCCAGAACCAACAAUUCAGAAUGGAAGGAAAAUAGUCAUCACUAGUAGAUCCAUUGAUUUGUGCCAAAAAAUGGACUGUGAGAUAGUCAAAGUGGAGCCUCUUUCAUUUCAAGAGUCUUUUAACUUAUUCUUAGAUAAAGUUGGGCAGUAUGUUCUGCAAAUACCAGAUUUAGAAGGAAUCUUCAAGCUCAUCGUGGAGGAGUGUGGUGGUUUACCACUAGCCAUUGUUGUAAUAGCAGAGAGUAUGAAGGGAGAGGAUGAUGUUCAUGUGUGGAAGAAUGCUUUAACUGAACUACAAGAAGGGGUAAAGAGCGUGACUGGGUCAGAUCAAAAGAUAUUUAAGAGGUUAAGGUUUAGUUAUGAUCGUUUGAAUAAUUUUGAAAUCCAAAGCUGUUUUCUUUAUUGCUCCUUGUUUCCUGAAGAUUAUCCAUUUGAGAGAGAAGAGUUGGUAGAAGGGUGGAUUGAUGAAGGACUAAUUGAUGUGUUGCCUAGUAGAAAAGCAGCUUAUGAAAGGGGUCAUGCCUUUUUAAAUAUGCUAGUAAAGAAGUGCUUGUUAGAGAAAACUGUUACUCGGCAUGGUGAUGAUGUUUUUAAGAUGCAUGAUGUAAUGAGAGACAUGGCCAUACAAAGCAUUGAUCCUGAAUUUGGUUAUAUGGUAAAAGCUAGUAUGAAGUUGACAGAGGUGCCAGAAGAGCAUUGGUGGGGAAAUGAUCUUAAGAAGGUGUCUCUAGCAGGGAAUAACAUAUCAAAAAUUCCCCCUGGGUUGUCCCCAAAGUGUCCAACUCUUUCAACUUUGAUAUUGUCAAAUAAUGAUAAUUUGUCAGAGAUCCCAGAAUCCUUCUUUGAAGGUAUGCCUGAACUAAAAGUUCUUGAUCUUUCUGAAACUGGCAUUGAAGCUUUACCUAAUUCCAUCUCAAACUUGGAGAAGCUCUCUUCCAUGAGGUUAAGAUGGUGUGAGAGGUUAAGGUAUUUGCCUUCUUUGGCAAAGCUUAGGGCAUUAAAGAAGUUGGAUCUGGUUGGUUCUGGGAUUAAGGUGGUCCCUCAAGGCAUGGAGAAAUUGACUAGUUUGGAAUAUCUUGAUUUAGGUUAUAAUCUGGAAGAGAGUCUAGAGAGUCCAGUGGGAAUGUUAUCAAACCUUUCCAAGCUCCAAUACUUGUCAGUUUAUGAAGGAUUGGAGAUAAAAGGAGAAGAGGUUGCGGGAUUGAAGAAGUUAGAGACCUUGGAAUGUGAAUUCGAUGACAUACAGGGCUACAAUCAUUUUGUCAAUUCUCAAGAUUUUCGAAUUCUUACUGACUACGGGAUUGCACAAGGCAAAAUCAUCAUUCUUCAAGAAAGUUUAAUUUUAGCAGAAUGAAGUGUCUUCUUCUUCUUCUUCAUAGCUAGCCUUCAUUCCUCCUUGGACUAUAGCCUUCUUUCUUAUGCUUGGACAAUUUCUAUGCUUUAAUGGGAAUCUAAAGUAUCUGGUUUUGCCUUUUUAUCUGCACCUUCCUUUGCCAGGAUAUGGAUGCAGUUUGAAACAGCUUCUGUAAAUAACCUCCUUUAUGAAUCUAAGUUGAAUGCCUUUUUAUGUUGGCCCAAUCCCUCCGUUUAUGCUGUUCUUUUACUUUAAAAUUAGUAAUUACCAAUACUUACAGUGUAAUUAAUUAAGUGCUAAACUUCAACUCUUUGGCCUAACAAUAUCUACUUCCAUUAUAUGCUUCUCUAUUUUUUGUCCCUGCUGAUAGUUAUUUAAUUUGUUGUUAAUCGCUGAUUUUAAUUCUGCACUGGAUGGUGGAUGAGACCAUCCAUCCUGAACUUCUUCAAUAACCAAAGUAUAAAUGAUUUUGUUUUCUCUAUUUCUUCCUCCUGUUUGCUGCCCAAAUUUUAAUCAAAGACACUGAAGCAUACUUAAUAUUGAAAUAAUAUAAGGUCUUAGGAAAAGAUAUCAUGGUUCUCAGAGCACUAAAGAGGACUCUGCAAAAGACUUUGUCAUUAUUGAAUGACCUGCAUUCAUUCUGGUUUCACUAAACAUGUAAGUGCUUCUAGCUAUCUUUUUUGCCUUUUUUCCUGAUUAAUUCAAUCAAUUGGAGCCUAGUAUACAUGGCCCUGCUAUCUUAGUUGAUUUCAUUUUGCCUGUUUUAGAUUGUAAAU